AUGGCAUCUUUGAACAACGCUGCCUCCCCGGUCCUCGCUGCUGACAACAACAACAAAACGUCGUCAUCGCCACCAUCCCCACCGCCACCCGUUGUGCCUGCUCCUGCGGACAAAUCCGAUACGAACGUCGCGGGUUUUCCACGAUCUCCUCAACUUUCCGGCAACACUGAUACCACCGACACCACCGGUUCCAAUGCCGCUUUUACUCCUGAUACCGGCGCAACCACUCGUGACGCUUCCAAUCCGAACAGCGACACUGCUGUAACUUCAAGCAGUACCCGCGCCACCAGCGCUACCAGCACUUCUUCGGCCGCUCCCACUACCAGCAGCACAUCUAAUCCACCUACGUCCACUUCCACAUCUGCACCGCAGACUACACCCACCACUUCGGCCAGCGCCGCACCCAGCUCAGCCACUUCAGCUGCUUCGACCAACAAUGCAGCCUCUUCGAGCGCCCCCGCCACCUCGGCAGCCGCCACUGCCUCCUCGGCCACGUCCGUCCCCGUCGUCGUCGUCACGUACACGACAACGAACAGCAAUGGCGCCGUCGUCACCGGUCUCAGUAGCUCGGCCAACCCGAGCGCCACUGCAGGCAGCUCUUCGGGCUCAGGCUCUGGUGGAGGAUCCAGUGCCAACCUCGGUGCCAUCAUUGGCGGUGUUGCGGGUGGUGUUGCAGGUCUCAUCAUUUUGAUCUGGCUCAUCCUGCUGCCCUUGCGCAAACGCGCCAAGAAGGCCAAGGAGGUUGAAUGGCUUUCGUUCGGCCAGGAGAACGAUCACGUCAACGAGUCGAGUGCCGAGGCUGUCUACGGUCGCGGGGCAGGUGGCAGUGGAGAGGGCAAAGGCGGCAGUGUCGCCAACGUCAAUGAGAUCCAGAUGGACGAUAUGGGACACGAAAUGUCGCAGCAGCCCUACCACUAUCAGAACGUCGACAACGGUGCAGGUUGGGCCGCUGCGGGUGCUGCAGGUGCUGCGGGAGUCGCCGGUGCAGCUGCAUAUGCUCACCACGACCCUUACGGGCAGCAUCAGCAGCAGGACGGCUACGACGCCUACUAUGCGCAGCAGCAAGGAUACGGAGGACCGCAGUACCAGCAGUACGGCAUGCAGCCUCAGCAGGGCUGGGCCAAUCAUCCACAGGGCGAGGCAUGGGGUGCUGCUCCCGGCUACACGAGUCCCGGCCAGUCUCAGGCGCACGGCAACCACGGUUUGUCCCACAACCUUUCGGUCGGCUCUACCAAGGUGGGCGCUGCCGGAGCCGGAUCGCAGGCAAGCCACAAGGGAUCGCAGGAAGGUCACGGCGGCAGUCAGUACGGCUACCAGUCGCCACAGCUGGGUGCUUCAUCGCCUCAGCAGUACCCACAACACUACCAGGGUCACGCUGCAGCUCCGUCGCCGCCUAUGGAUGAGCAGUACUACCAGGGCCAGUACGGGUAUGCGGAUCAGCACCACCAUCAGCAGCAGCAGCCAGAUCAGCGCGCUGGUUCGCCUGAUAGCGCGGCUCGGGGCAACGGUGGUAACGCCGGCGGUGGACUGCACCUCGCCAAUCCUUAG